GAGCACGCUUGGCCUUUCCUAGAAGGACGCGCCCCAGGGGUGAGCGGCCAAUGGGGAGCUGUUUCUGCUGACGCUGGUCACCUGGGAGGCCUCGGAGGUCGCCUCUGCCAAGUCUACCUGCUGAAGAUGGCGCAUGCCCCCCCCGGGGCGGAGCCCAGCGCCUGAGGCCCUUACCAUGGUGAUGACCCUCAGUAAAAGCCUCGACAACCAGGGAGCUGACUCCGUAGCAUGCCAGACCCUCAGCCCUGAGCUGCACACGCCAAAGAAGAUGAGUCAAGGACCGACACUUUUCUCUUGUGGAAUUAUGGAAAAUGACAGAUGGCGAGACCUGGACAGGAAGUGCCCCCUUCAGAUCGACCAGCCGAGCGCCAGCAUCUGGGAGUGCCUGCCCGAGAAGUGCCAGGACGGCGCCCUGUGGCCCCGGGAGGCCACCACCGCCUGCGCGGUCACCAGCCUGAUCAAGGACCUCAGCCUCAGUGACCACAACGGGAACCCCUCAGCGCCCCCCAGCAAGCGCCAGUGCCGCUCGCUGUCCUUCUCUGACGAAAUGUCCAGCUGCCGGACAUCAUGGAGACCCCUGGGGUCCAAAGUCUGGACUCCUGUGGAGAAGCGGCGCUGCUACAGUGGGGGCAGCGUCCAGCGCUACUCCAGCGGCGUCAGCACCAUGCAGAGGAGCUCCAGCUUCAGCCUCCCCUCCCGCGCCAGCGCGCUCUCCUCGCCCUGCGACCCGGCCGGCCCCCGCCAGCGCCUCGGAGGCCAGUCCUGCCCCGGGGCCCCCGGCUCGGCCUCCUGUGGACAGACGGGCGACCCGUGGAGCCCCGACCCGGCCCCCGUGGCCGCAGGCCGGCUCGACAUGCAGCGGUCCCUGUCCUGCUCGCACGAGCAGUUCUCCUUCGCCGAGGACUGCCCGCCCUCGGCCAGCAGCACCCCCGCCUCCACGCCCGAGCUGGCGCGGCGCCCCAGCGGGCUCUCCCGCAGCCGCUCCCAGCCGUGCGUCCUCAACGACAAGAAGGUGGGCGUCAAGCGGCGGCGGCCCGAAGAGCUGCAGGAGCAGAGGCCCUCGCUGGACCUGGCCAAGAUGGCUCAGGCUUGUCAGCAGCGCUACGAGGCCCUGGAGGGGCCAGUGACCCAGGGACGCCUCUGUUGA